UUGGGUGGGCGUUUCAAACUGAAUGAAUAAAUACACCACUUAUUUUGCAAACUAUUUCCUAUGCUUUUAAAAGCACACGUUAGUUUGACGUGUUUCUGGUCUUGCUUUGCUAUGGGACGCUAUUUCAUCUGAACCUAGCACUAUUGAGUCUACACUCACUAUACAAUGAAACCAGGACUCAUAGCUUUAGUCUGCUUGUGCUGGUUCUGCAAUGUCCAGUUCGUCGUCCCGCAAAUUCCCGAGGCCCGCGGGACUGUGUCGCCACUUGUGCAGUCGUUUGAGAGAGUGCUCGAUUUCCUUGAACGCGAAAUGUCGAGCAUUAAUCUUGAUGCUGUGCUUGGCUUGCGAAUGGCUGAAGGAGUGUUGCUUCAAACUUUACAAGAUCCAGAGGUCCAAGAACACCACCCCUGGGUACUCCAUAGAAUAAAAGGUCUAGCUCACAGAGUAUCAAAGCUUAUCCCUGAGAUACUUCCUUUUCUGCAAAAAUCCGAUCGCGUAUACUACCAACAGGUCGGAUUUGUUGUCAGUAAAACCUGGAGUGUUGUUCGGCGGUUCAGAAAAUUAAGCAAAGCUCCCAAACGCCAUCUCGCCUUCAACGACAAGAAAGCAGGAACCCAGGCUCCUCAGCCCUGUAUGGAGGCACUUUUUGGUAGCGCAGGGCCUGGUAGUAAGACCUGCAACGUGACGGAUGCGUGCUGGACAGCCAUGAGAAGGCCUGGUGCACUAGGUUAUGAACUUACGCACCAAGCAUUGUACUUCAUGUUUGGCGAAGAGAGAGGUUGCAUUAAGGCGUUUCAAGAUAGACUACGUCUCGCAAAUGAGCCCGCAAGCCUGAGACCAGUGUAUGACAGAAUUUGCGCAGAUACAUUCUAUCAGAUGCUCGCCCUUGAGCGCAUGCGCGGUAAAACACAACAGGAAGUUGACCUCUACUUAGAGAUGUCCGCGGUGUGCGGUUUGCUAGGCUAUUCCCAGUUCCUCUCGUUCAAAAGAAUGGGAAGGCUGCUCCGCUGGCAGAUGCCUAAUGGUUGCUAUGGUGACCCGAAUUAUGACGCCUUGUUGAAUGAAGCUGGUGGUGUCUUGUAUCAAACCAGCCACAGCAGAGCAACAAGAUCCCUCCUGACCGUCAAGGAACUAGAAGAGGGCUGCGAGUCUCACAUCACCGGCGUCGCUACAGCUCUGAUCUCGGUCUAUCUUCGAUGGGUGCUUCACUCGCCGGAAAUGACGUCACGAUCCAUUGCACAGGAAGCCAUGGCCUACACAACAUCCCUGCACCAUAAAUGAACCUUCUUUCACACCCACUGGACAAUGCGUUCGUUAUACAUAGACUUAUCAUUGUAGGGUAGCGGAGCACCAGAGUAUGCUGUAUACAUAGACUUAUCAUUGUAGGGAAGUAGCGGAGCCGAGCGUUCAAUACAAUUUGCUUUAUACAUAGACGUGGCACGGUUAGGUAGCGAGGCACAAGAAUGUGCUUUACUAGGACACAAGUGCAAUCACAAACGCGACAAGUGAGAAUCGGUCAACGGCAAGCGAAUACAAGUGAGAAUCGGUCAACGGCAAGCGAACACAAGUGAGAAUCGGUCAACGGCAAGCGAACACAAGUGAGAAUCGGUCAACCGGAAGCGAAUACA